CGAAACAUUGAGCGUGUUUCACGUUGACGCGGUUCGGUGUGUCUUUCUUUGAACAGGUGACACAGGUUUAGAUGUUUUCUCCACCUGAGGAAGAUCUGGUCCAUCAGUGGGAGAGUGAACAGGAUCGUCUGAGACAGCAGGUGGUGGACGUGGACACUGAGGACUGGCAGAGUGGUCCACACUUCUCAGGCCUGGACAGAGUGGGCGGAGUCGACCUGUCCUUCAUCAAAGGGGACGACGUCAACGCCUGUGCACAACUCGUCGUUCUCAGUUACCCUGAGCUCCAGGUGCUGUAUGAGGACAGUCAGAUGGUGGCGCUGACGGCUCCGUACAUAGCUGGUUUCCUGGCCUUCAGAGAAACUCCCUUCCUCCUGGAGGCGCUGCAGCGUCUGCAGAAGAACCAGCCUGAACUUCUGCCUCAGGUGGUUUUUGUGGACGGAAACGGUCUCUUCCACUACAGAGAGUUUGGUUUGGCGUGUCACCUGGGCGUGUUGUCAGGGCUACCAUGUGUGGGCGUGGCCAAGAACCUGCUGCAGGUGCAGGGUGUUUAUAAGAAUGAGGAGCACCAAUCACAGAUCGCUGCUCUGCAGAGAGGAGGAGACAGCUUCCCGCUCACAGCCGCCUCGGGCAAAGUGCUGGGAAAGGCGCUGCGCAGCUCUGACAAAAGCUCCAAACCAGUGUAUGUGUCCGUGGGACACAAGAUCAAUCUGGACACGGCUGUACGACUCACACACUCCUGCUGCCGCUACCGUGUCCCUGAGCCCAUCAGACAGGCCGACUGUCGCUCGAGAGAAUACCUGCGCACUCACUUCCCAGCUGCGGAUACAGAAACCAAAGAAUGAGGACCCUCGUGCAGAUCCACGUGUGAGCUCGCGCUCUUUAACGGCACGAUCGCUCCACA